AUGACUAAAGCAAUUGAAAUUCCAGGAAAAUUUGGAUUUGGAACUAUGUCUAUGACAUGGAAACAAACACCACCACCAUUUGAGCAGUCAAUUGAAACGCUUCAAUUUGUCACAUCACACCCCGAAUUCAGCACUAAAUUACUCAAUGGAGGAGAAUUUUAUGGCCAUGAUGAUGCUAACUUGAAACUACUUAAGGAAUUUGUUGACCAGAACCCACCAGAAUUGAAUAAACAGCUCAUCAUUUCAAUCAAAGGAGGUUUAGAUGUCAAAACCUUGCAUCCAGACGGGUCUAAGGAAGGUAUUGCUAAAUCAAUUGAAAAUAUCGUAUCCUACUUUCCUCACAAAGAGAAUAGACCAGUAUUGAUUUUUGAAAUCGCUAGAGUCGACAAGAAGGUGCCCUAUGAGGAAACUAUCAAAUAUAUCCAAGAGUAUGUUGAGCAAGGUGUUAUUGACGGUAUCUCUUUAUCUGAAGUUGGAAUUGAAUCAAUUAGAAAAGCAAUUAGCGUUGCACCAAUCUCUUGUGUUGAAUUGGAAUUCUCCUUGUUUGCUCAAGAUAUACUAAACGAUGGUAUAUUGGAAGAAUUGUCAAAGCACCAGAUACCAGUGAUUGCUUAUUCACCACUUUGUAGAGGUAUAUUGACGGACCAUACUGCAAAAGAUCCGGAAAGCUUUAUUGAAGAAAUCAAAAAGAGUGGAGAUAUUAGAAGCAUGUUGGACAAAUUCAACCCCGAUAUCUUCAAGGAGAACACACCUCUUCUUAAAGCUUAUUACGAGUUUGCACAUAAUGUGAAAAACACUUCAUUGGAAUCCUUGGCAUUGUCCUGGAUUUUAAAAGUCUCUGGCCAAAAGAAUUUUGGAGGAAUCGAGCACAUUACUCGGAUUUUGCCAAUUCCUUCAGGAUCUACUAAGCAAAGAGUCGAGGCAAAUUUUGGAAAUAUUGUUGAUUUGAGUGAUGCAGACUUGGAAGAGUUGGACAAGAUCACCAAAAAGUAUCCAAUUAAAGGUCAUAGGUAUAACGCUGCUUUGCAAGGUACUUUAAAUCAAUAG